CACAGCGGGCCGGGAGCUCCGGUUGCCCCGGCGGCGGCGCGGCUCUGGGAGCGGGCUGGGCGCUGACGGAGCUCGGCCCAAAGCCGAGCCGUGGGGCCGGGAGCGGCGGGGCGAGGGGCAACAGCGUUGUAUCUAAUAUCCAGCAGAAGUACAUCAAAAAGCAUGGAAGAGAAGAAGGUGAAAGAAGAAGAGCAAAGUGCAGAAGAAUCAGUUUUCCUGGAAGCCUUACUAGAAUUUCAAAUUGAGAAAAAAGAAGCAGCAAUUGAUAAGGUUUUGUUUGAUUUGAAACAAGUGGAAAAAAAGAACAAAGAAUACAAUGAAAGAAAUGACAAUCUGAAGGAGGAACAGGAGGCACACAUCAGGCGUAUACUAAGAAGAAUAGAAGAAAAGGAGCAAGAAAAAGAUGCAAAGGAGGUUGUAACUAGGGAUGAUGUGGAAGGAUCACUGAAAGACAAAUGGCAAUAUGCUAAGGACAAAGAGCAAAUUCUAAAAGACCUGCUCUUCCAAACAGAAGAAACUGACCAACGACUUUCAGUGAGGCAGAGUGAGAGGGAUUAUUGGUUGGAGUACAAAAAUGUAGGAAGUAGAACAGAUGCCAACAAGAUUAAGAAUCUGAAAAAAGACAUCAAGGAAGUCAAAGACGACUUUCAGAGGUCUUCAGAAUAUUACAAAAAUGCUUUGAAAGCAAUGAAAGAAGAGAAUGAUACUCUGGUUGAGAUGAACAUGAAGAAAAAUAAGGAACAGGCCCCAGAGAACGCUGUAAGAUACUUAGACAAAAACAGCUGCAGAGAAAUUGAAGAGAAUGAGUGGCUAAAGGAAGAGGUUAAACUGUAUCGAAAGAAAGUGAGAGAUUUGAAAGCCUCUGUUCAGCUCCUGGAAGAAGAAAAUAUCAGUAUAGUGAGAAAACUAAUGGAUAACAAAAUUCAGAACCUGAGAGUACCCAGGCAUUUGUUUCUUACUCAGACAGCUGGCUUGCAAGAUGAAUCUCUCCAGGAUGAAAGUAAAGCAGUAGAGCAUAGAAAAUACUCAGCAAAGACUGAUGGAGAGGAAAGCCUCAGGAGAGCUGCAGUCUCCUGUCAGAAAAAGAAGUCAUUUCCAAAGAUUCAGUGUGAAACAGAGAUUGAGAAAUCAUGGGAUCGUGAUGAAGAGCUGCAGGAAAUGUCAUUGACUCCAAUUCUUAAUAGCUUGUUUGAAGUUGAAAGAGAUUUCCAGGAAUACUUAAAAUUGGGUCCUCUGGUGUCAAACCCAAUGUGUGUGGUUGGAAGAGCAAUGCCUAUUCAUAAAGAGCCAGAAGAAACACCAAGUAAGAGCCCCGCUGAAGGCAACUAUAUUGGUGAAUCUGACAGGCACAUCACACCUCAGAUGAUCAAGGCCUUAUCUAAAGAAAAGGUUGGUUAAAAAAAAACAAGCUGGGUUAUUAAUACAGAAAUGUAACAUUCUUGGUUCAUUAAAGAUUUGCUCUGUCCUUCAAGGAAUGAGUGGACUUUGUGGAUACUAUUUUUGAAAGCCUGAAUCAUCUACAUAUUGAAGUUUAAUGAGAGGCAUGUGGAGAGCUGCUUUCCUUAGAUACGGAGGAGACUCUUGUGCAUGCCCUGGGCUUCUCAAUCCAAGCAGCUGCAGGCAUAGCUAAUAAAUGAUCUGAGUUACUAUUUAGCUUUCGUGGUCCCUACUUGCAGCCUGUCAAAUAUGGGAUGCCACCUUGAGCAGACAUUGAAUGCAGACUGCCAUCAAGUAUGGAUCUGUAACAAAAUACUUUGCUAAAUGAGAAUCCAGGUUAGCCAAGCACAAUUUGAAUAUUGUUAGAAUUCAAAUGUUUGAAUCAUUUUAUCUGUCUGCGUCAAAAAUUCUAAGUAAGCAUCUUGCAAUUAUUGACAAUUAAUUUAAACAUUUUGAAAAACAGCAUAAAAUCUUUUUUUUUUUUAAUUAGCCAAGUAUAUUGUGCAAGCCUUCAUCUUUGUUGCGUGCCUUGUGUUUGUUAAGUGUAUCUUGACACACUGAUUCAAUGAAUUUUUCCCCAUUCUGUGUGUCCUAGACAUGAUGCACUGACUUCCCCCAGGGCAAAUAGCACUGCAGUGUCUCACUUCAUCCCAUGCUUCAGUGCAACCAUUUUUCAUCCUUUCCUUUACACCAGCAGGUGUCUCCUUGAGCCGAAGGUGCUUGGAACUGACUACCAGCUCCUCAGAAACCUGGCUCUCAAAGCAGCAUAGAAACACAGGAGCCUUCAUCUCAGACUGAAUCUCCCUUGGAUUGCAGAGUGAACACUUAGAUUUUGGAUGUGUCUCUGCUGUAACUGAGUUACUGCAAAGACUGAGGUGACCCCUAAUAUUCAUGUGGCCAGAGAGUGUGGAUCCAUGCUCGCAAGGUGCUCACGUUUCCAGCCCAACAGAAGGCUCCCCUUGGCUGCAUGGCUUUCUUUGAUUGAAGUGCAAGCUGUAGGAGACAGCUUACUUGAAAGACAGAUUAGUUCUGCUCAGUGGUUAGUCUGGCUUUUCGUUUAGUCACAGAAUUAGAAUAUGGCUUAUGUUUAACAGCUUUGCUGUUAAAGAAAGGCCUUGCCUUCUUCCCACUGCUCCCCAAAGGGCAUUUACAGUAAUGUAAGGCUCACCUCUGUGCUUCUGUCCAUAAUCCACUGCACUCUGUAAGACAAUAUCAAGUUGUACCUCAGAAAAAAUAACCUUGCAUCUUGAAAUCACUGCUUAGGAUUUAACCAUAAAUGCCUGAGUGGGUGAGAGGGAGUUAAAAAGAACUCUGAAACAUGUUAAUUGGGGCAUAAGCCACAAGCAGCCUGCACAAGCCAGAUGCAAGCGUCUUCAGUGGAGUGUCUCACAUUCCCUUGAUUUCUAUAGGCUUUGCAUUUAAAGCCUGUGAGGCUUUUACAUGGGGAACAGCUAGGCUUUUAGCAGAAGAGCAUUUACAGACCAUCUUGAGUGAGAUCAUACAGCAGGUGCAGGACUGCCAGGGGAUGAGGCCCAGCCAGCAUGGGUUCAUUAAAGGCAGGUCCUACCUGACCACCCUGAUCUCCUUCUGGGAUCAGUUGACUCAACUGGUAGAUGAGGAAAACGCGUCCACAUGGUCUACCCAGACUUCAGCAAAGCCUUUGACUCUGUCUCCCACAGUAUUCUGCUGGAGAAGGUGGCAACUCCAGGGCUUGGGCUGGUUAUGCUCUUCGCUGGGUAAAGAACCAGCUGAAGGGCUGGGCUCUGGUAGUGAAUGGAGUUAACAGCCAGCUGGUGAUCCCCAGGUGUCAGUACUGAGGCCUGUCCUCUUCAGUAACUUUACUGAUGACCUUGAUGAGGGAAUCGAGUGCACCCUUGUUAAGUUUGCAAAUGACACCAAGCUGGGAGGAAAUGUUGCUCUGCCUGGGUGUAAGAAUGCCUUACAGAGGGAUCUGGGCAGGCUGGACAGCUGGGCUGAGGCCAAUGGGAUGAAGUUCAACAAGACCAAGUCUACAUUUUGACCACAACAAUCCCAGGCAAUGCUACAGGCUUGGGGCAGAGUGGCUAGAAAGCUGUGCUGAGAAAUGAACCUGGGAACAUUGGUCAACACUUGGUGAACCAUGGGCCAACAGAGAUCAGUAUUCUUGGGCAGCGUGGUCACCUUUAAAUUCCCAUCAGGCAAAAAGAGUUUUUGUUUUACAGUGGUUCUGCUGCCCAAAACAAGCACAGGACACUCACUGGGCUACAAGAUGCAGAAAAGCAUCCACGUGCCCCAUAAGGGUAACAAAAGCAAAGCCUCUGUUAAGCUGGACUUGGUUUUAACUGGCACACAACUAAGAACACAUUGGAGUUUUAACAGGAAAAAGCUUCCAAGUGUUCACUGGAAAUUCAAAGUUAAGUCAAAGAAACACAGGCAUGGCCCAAGCUGCACAUGAGCAUGUGGUAAAUUAGCUAGAGCUAAGAAGCACCAAUCAACUACCUGCCUAAAAAAGCAAAACAGAGUGGUGGUAUAUGUUGCUCAUCUGUAUUCAUGCUGGGAUGAACCCUAUCUGAGCAACUUCUCUAUAGGGGAAAGCAACUAGAUUACACUGCUCUGUAGUCUGGCUAUGUAAGCAAGAGCUCUCCCCUGAUUUGUUGGGAGGUUUGCAGCCUUUGAUGCAGCAAGGUUAUGUAACAGUGAUCUCUGCAGGUGCAGACCUGCACAUAUUGAGAAAUGAGGACAGAGGACUUGCUCUGCAGCACUCUUCUCAUUUGUUUGCUUUCUGGGAGAAAGGGUUUUACACACACUGCUCCUGUGGGCUAAAAGGAGCUUGCCAGAAUAAGGCCAAGGCAGAAGCUAAUGGACUGAAAAGUUACACUAUAAUGACAGGCAAGAGAAACUAAUGGCAUUAGCAUCAUAAGCCUCUGAUGGUUUAGUGCUGAGGGUCCUCAGAAAAAGACUUUCCUUUGGGCUUUGAAUCCACAGAAUGAGUAAGGAUGUUUCUUUGUAACUCGUGUAACUCCUGCUCUGCAGCCUCAGGCACUGCGUGCUGUUCUGGGACAGUGCAUGGUGCAGGAUACCAGCAAGUGUUCCUAUAGCUGACCCACAGAACAGCUCCCCUGAGCUCUGGGAAGCUGGGAUUUGGCAGGGUGCUCACCUUUUCUUCACUACUAAUGACCACAGGUUAGCAAGCAGCUACAAUGUAUCCAAAUCAUGCUUUUUGGCAAAAACAAUACUUGAACAGUUGCUGUAGCUGGCAUGGGGAAAGUUCAGCACACACUGAAUGAAGCAGAGAUCUACACCAUGAAGAUAAACCCGAGAACUCCGUUCUCUUUAUACACUGCAACCACAGAACUACAAAUAUACGCUUGCAUUCAACACAUUUUCAAUGGCAUUAUCAGCUUCCACAACAACUUUUAAGGAAGUUGUCUGGCUGUUCCAAGGCUUCCUAAUCUUUGCUUCAGGAAAUUUCAUUAACAGAGAAGCAAGAAAAGUAAGAAAUGUGUUAUCUAAGUCAUAGACUGAUUUGCUACCUUAAGUCACCUCCCAUGGGUGAAAUGAAUGAAGCAUUUCCUCAGGCAGGGAAGGUGGCAGUGACAGUACAGCUCCAGAGCAGCCUGUACAGGGCUCUCCCCUCACUCCUGCUCAAGUCAGGAAAUCACAUUUUCCCUUCUAACUCCAGUUUUUACACAAGACAACAUCAGAUGUUUCAUCAGGAAUUCACAGCAUUUCCUUGCAGGGCAAGUUCAGUAGAAGAUGUCAGGGCUGUUUCUGUUCUCCCCCCUGCAGCAUGCAAAAGCUACAAAGGUCAACUCAGAAGAGUGCCAACAGACGUAGGAGAAAGCUCUUAUUUACAUAUGAUCUUAUUAACAUUGAUUCUUCUUCUGCAGUCAGCACAUUUCCCCACUACCCAUCACAUUAUCUUGCCAGCCUCCCAUCCUAUCAGCAUUUACCAUCUCUCAGUGCUUUUGCACCUCAUUCUCAUUUUUUCUCUCUCAUUUCUGAAUCUUUAUCUCAAUCAUGUCGUGGCCUUCAAACUGCAAUUCAUUUACAUCUCUCUAACAUUUCUACCAGCUCUCAAGACAUGUACUUUUCACCCGACAGGAGAUGCAGGGUUUCACCAGGUGCUCCUUGCUGAGGCACUGUUUGGCAGCUAGAGGCCCAAAAGCUGCUUGGAUGGAGCACCUGAUGUCACAGACAGUCACAUACAAGCCAGCUGUAGGCAUUUCCUGAGGUACUGUCAGCAUUAAUUUAUUGCAUGUGACCAAAAGGGGUGAGAAUGCCAAACACUGCAGCAGGCUGUUCAGAGGUGGUGGAUGCCCCAUGCCUGUCAAUGUUCAAGAGGCAUGGGGACAAUGCCUGCAGUAACUCUGAGUGCUGGUUAGCCCUGAAGUAGGCAGGCAUUUGGACUGAAGUCACAUUUGUUCCCUCAUCACUGAAAAUGCACAGUAAUUCAGAAGCAUGUCUGAGCUAUACUUUGAAAGCAAACAUUCAUCUGGGCCAAGUUAAAUGGGAAAAUAAUCACAGAUUUGUCAAUCCAGUUUAGUGUUUUUCCUGAAGAGUAAACUGUAAGCAAUGUUAGUAGCAAAGCCUCCAUCAGGAAGGUGCAACCUGGACAGCAUCUGUGCUCACUAACAGCAACUAUGAGUCAACAGGAAAGGCUAGCAGGACAUCAUCCCCACAGCAGAGCCCAAAACCAGCAUCAUUUCCAACCUCAGGUCCACAGCCCCACACAGGGUCUCCAGAGGGAUCAGAGAUCCAAGAACUAUGAAAGCA